AAAAAGAGUUUUUGUUUAUCAUUAUUAUUCAUGACCCACGAAAAUAAAGAAAAAGACCCCAUGAACGGGCUGUAGGCAGGCAGAGCUCAUGGAAAUGGGUUCGGGCUCUUUGACAGACUCAGGUGGUUCUUCCUCCAACUCCUCCACUGAGUCACUCAACGGCUUGAAAUUUGGUCAAAAAAUCUAUUUUGAGGAUACAUCAGCUGGUGGCACCGGUGGUGGUACAACCAUGGGGACUCCACCCAAGUCGGGUAUCGGGUCUUCAAGCUCAUCCGGGUCGGGUAAGAAGGCCAGGGGUGGAGUAGUGCAAGGUGGUCAGCCUCCAAGAUGUCAAGUAGAAGGUUGUAAAGUGGAUCUGACUGAUGCAAAAGCUUACUAUUCAAGGCAUAAGGUUUGUGGUAUGCACUCGAAGGCAGCUAAAGUCAUUGUUGCUGGUCUUGAGCAAAGAUUUUGCCAGCAAUGUAGCAGAUUUCAUCAGCUUCCCGAAUUUGACCAAAGGAAACGGAGUUGCCGUAGACGGUUAGCAGGUCACAAUGAGCGACGGAGGAAACCACCACCGGGAUCAUUAUUAUCCUCUCGUUAUAGCCGGCUUUCUUCAUCUAUUAUCGAAAGCAGCAGAGGUGGAAGCUUUAUCAUGGAUUUCACAUCCCAUCCAAGGCUUUCCAGAAGGGAUGUGUGGCCAACAUCAAGAUCAUCGGAACAUGUACCAGGAAAUCAAUACACUGGAACAGGAUGGUUGCAUCCACAUCCAUGGCAAAACAACUCAGAGAAUCCUCCACCUAACCUUUACAGGCAGGAAUUACCAGGGGGAACUGCUGUUCCUAGUGGCGGGAUUCCUCCGGGAGAAUGCUUCACGGGAGUUGUUGACUCAAACUGUGCUCUCUCUCUUCUGUCAAAUCAACCAUGGGGCUCCAGAAAUCAGGGAUUGACUCUUGGGUUAAAUGACAUGAUCAACUCCGAACUUUGUUCAAUGUCUCAACCAGCAAUGCCUCAUGGUGCAGUUACGAAUUCUUACUCAAAUGCCUCUUGGGGUUUCAAGGGCAACCACUCCUGUAGUCGCUCCCAGGAGAUGCUGCCUCAAAUCCCAGAGCCUAUUAACAGUCAAUUGACCGGGGGACUUCAGUUGUCUCACCAAAGCAGGGGGCAAUACAUGGAGCAUGAGCCAUCUAAUGCGGAUGACACCUCCAUGCAGCAUAUUCACCAAUCCUUCUAAGUCUGCUGUGAUAAUCAUUCCUGCAAAUAUUGGUCAGUUUUUGUGCCCAGUCUUACUUAGUGCGUGAUUUUUGGUGUUUCUGGCAUUAUCGUUUCUUUUUUGGGUUGGAGUUUGUUAAAAACCCAAACUACCCCUUCAUGUUGUGUGUGCCUAUGGUUAAAACAUGAUUAAUAGGUGAGAAAGUUUUAGCCUAUGAUGAACUGAAAGCUACCGUAUGUUUCAGUGACUAUUUCUCGAGAA